AUGAUGAGUCCAAUUUAUUUAACACUCACUAUCAGCAUCUUAAUUUCAUUGUGUAGCUCAAACUUGUUUGUGUGUGGAACAGAAUGGAAGCCAACUUGGAGCACCGGUGCGGCGGAGGAAGCGGAGGCAGUGGCGGCGAUACCAUGCUCCGGGCAUGGAAGAGCAUACUUAGAUGGCUUGGUUCUGAACGGCCAUGAACCUGUUUGUGAAUGCAAUCCAUGUUAUAGUGGCUCCGAUUGCUCCAACUUUUCAUCUCAUUGUGCUGCUAAUGCUGGAGACGGAGAUCCAUAUUUUCUAGAACCGUUUUGGAUGAGGCAUGCAGCAAGUAGUGCAGUGUUAGUAUCAGGGUGGCACAGAAUGGGAUACACAUACAGUGAUGGAUCAUACAUAUCACAGUUGCUGGUGGAUCAUAUAAAAAAACUGCAUGAGAUUGUUGGAAAUGCAGUCACUGAUGGAAGGUACAUAGUAUUUGGCGGUGGAUCAACACAACUCUUCAAUGCUGCAGUUUAUGCAUUCUCUCCUAACAACAAUCACUCUUCUUCCCUCAAUCCAGCAAAAGUAGUAGCCACUGCCCCACAUUUCCCAGUGUAUAGAACACAAACAGAGCUUUUCAAUUCAAGGGAUUAUAGAUAUGAAGGGGACACAUCUUUAUGGAAGAACAACACAGAUAAUAAUGGCACAACAUUCAUUGAAUUUGUGACUUCACCAAACAAUCCAGAUGGGAAAUUAACUAAGGCAGUUCUUGAAGGACCAAACGUUAAAACCAUUAAUGAUAGAGCUUAUUAUUGGCCACAUUUCACACCUCUUCCUUCUCCAGCUGAUGAUGAUCUCACAACUUUUACAAUUUCUAAGCUCACAGGUCAUGCUGGCACUAGAUUUGGAUGGGCAAUAAUAAAGGAUAAGGGUGUGUACGAAAAGAUGUUGACAUACUUAGAAUUAAACACGGUGGGAAUUUCUCGGGAGGCACAGCUUAGAGCUUUGAAGCUUUUGAAUGUAAUUCUUGAAGAAGGAGAUAGAAAAGAAAUAUUCCAAUUUGGAUAUUCAACAAUGAGAGAUCGCUGGUCAAGGCUCAAACAAAUUAUAUCAAAGUCAAAACGUUUUUCUUUACAGAAACUAUCUCCUCAAUAUUGCACAUUCUUCAAAAGAGUUCGAGAUCCUUCACCAGCAUACGCGUGGUUGAAGUGUGAGAGAGAAGAAGAUAAGAAUUGCUAUGAGAUUCUUAAAGCUGCUGGCAUUAAUGGCCAUGAAGGAAGUAUGUAUAGUGAUGAUGAUCGUUACGUGCGUCUCAGUCUCAUAAGAAGCCAAGAUGAUUUUGAUAUUCUUAUAAACAAGUUCACUGUUCUUGUUGCUAAGGAUUAG